AUGGUGCUCUCCCGGGACGCCUCAGACACCGACGUGUCGGUGCACUCCACGUUCGCCUCGCGCUAUGUUCGGUCGUCUCUCCCGAGGUACCGUAUGCCGGAGAAGUCGAUCCCCAAGGAGGCGGCGUACCAGAUCAUCAACGACGAGCUGAUGCUCGACGGCAACCCCCGGCUGAACCUGGCGUCGUUCGUGACGACGUGGAUGGAGCGCGAGUGCGAGAAGCUCAUCAUGGCCUCCAUAAACAAGAACUACGUGGACAUGGACGAGUACCCCGUCACCACCGAGCUCCAGAACCGGUGCGUGAACAUGAUCGCGCAUCUCUUCCACGCGCCGCUGGGCGAGUCGGAGACGGCCGUGGGCGUGGGCACGGUGGGAUCGUCGGAGGCCAUCAUGCUGGCGGGGCUGGCCUUCAAGAGGAAGUGGCAGAACAGGCGCAAGGCCGAGGGCAAGCCGUUCGACAAGCCCAACAUCGUCACAGGCGCCAACGUCCAAGUCUGCUGGGAGAAGUUCGCCAGGUACUUCGAGGUGGAGCUCAAGGAGGUGAAGCUGCGGGAGGGGUACUACGUGAUGGACCCGGAGCAGGCGGUGGCGAUGGUGGACGAGAACACCAUCUGCGUGGCGGCGAUCCUUGGCUCCACGCUCAACGGCGAGUUCGAGGACGUGAAGCGCAUCAACGACCUGCUCGAAGAGAAGAACAAGGAGACCGGGUGGGAGACGGCGAUCCACGUGGACGCGGCGAGCGGCGGGUUCAUCGCGCCGUUCCUGUACCCGGAGCUGGAGUGGGACUUCCGGCUGCCGUGGGUGAAGAGCAUCAACGUCAGCGGCCACAAGUACGGCCUCGUCUACCCCGGCAUCGGGCAUCGGCUGGUGCGUCUGGCGCGGCAAGGACGACCUGCCGGACGACCUCGUCUUCCACAUCAACUACCUCGGCACCGACCAGCCCACCUUCACGCUCAACUUCUCCAAGGGGGUACAAGAAGAUCAUGGAGAACUGCCAGGAGAAUGCCAUGGUGA